ACGACGUGGUACCAAAACGCGCGGAGUAUAUUCACACGCUUGAAGCACAGAGCAGCGUUGAUAGUGACGUCGUUGCACACAAUGACACGUCCCUUCUUUGCGCGGACAAUGGCAGUCCGCAGGAGCGUGGAUCUGUGGAAAUAACCGUACUAUAUGACGCUCCUGUGCGGAGUAUGACUGUUCAUGUUCUGCAGGCGAGAUCGCUGCCGUUGAAAACCCCCGGUCAAAUACUGCAGAGUCAGGUGCGAAUAGUACUCCUACCUCUGAAAAAACAAAAGUUCAAAUCGAAAAUACGCAAUGGAGAAAACCCACAGUACAUGGAGAGUUUCGUGCUGCACAAGAUAAAUCCAGAGGACGUGCACGGUCUGGGACUGCGUAUCCGCAUCUACGGAUGCGAACGUAUGCGGCGGCAAAGGUUGCUUGGCGAGGCGGCUGUACGAUUCGCGUCGCUCAACCUCGAGCUCGAAAACGGCUUAUGGCUUCAACUUGCACCACGGCAACAUCACCAGCCUAGCUUACAGCUACCGAAACUAGAACUCACGCACUCAAUAACGGGCCUGCUAGCCAGUCCGUCGUCUAUAACUACGGUGGGUCUACCUGGGGUGGGCAGCAUUGCAGGUGGGGAAGCGUGCAGCCUCGCUAGAUCUGACUCUGCCUCUUCUUGCUGCAGCGCUAGAUCCGCACCUGAGUUGUUGUUGGGACUACAGUAUAAUUCCACAACUGGACAUCUCUCUGUUGAGGUAAUAAAAGGCACCCACUUCCGCAAGCUGUCUCCGACCAAAGCACCCGACACUUAUGUGAAGCUGAGCCUGAUCAGCUCGUUGGGCAUGGAGAUGGGUCGCUGCAAGUCCACCACGCGCCGCGCGCAAUCCAACCCGCUUUACAAGGAGCUCUUUAUCUUCCAGGUGGCUCUAUUCCAACUAAGCGAGGUAACUCUGAUGGUAUCAGUGUGGUGGAGACGCAGCGUGAAACGCAACGAGAUGGUUGGGUGGUUCUCGCUCGGCCAGUCGCCCUCAGGCAGGGAAGAAGAGCGCCAUUGGCAAGAGCUCUGCGAACGCCAAGGGGAACAGGUUCAACGCUGGCACGUUCUACAAGACUCCUGACGGUCACCAACUUAGCGCGAAGAGGAUGCGCUGGUCUGAACUCCCGCGCCUUUGUCGCGCAUGUGCUAUGCUUGCACUGGCGGAUAUUACGCCGGCCUCGCGAUGUGAGCGGAGACGCCGAUCCAAAGUCACCAGUGGGGCUCGACUGCGUCAGCUCAUGUCUUUUUCACUCUCCUUGCAAAGAGUUUAUUUUGUAUUGGUGGACAAGAAUCUCAUGGUUUGUAGGUAUAUUUCCAAGUACCUAUAAUGUCCUGUCGAUAAUAUGCUGUACAGGAGAAUUUAAGUCUUGAUAUUGAUCUGACAGAUAACUGUGAUCGUGAACUGACAUAACUCUGUCGUAGCACGUUCUUAAUGCUAUAGACCGACCAACUUAUCUGUAAUAUAAGUGUGGCAUAGCAUUGGUGUAGUAUAGCAACUAAUAAUAGUAACUAACAAUUGAGAACAGAUUAUUUACUUACAAUAUUGUGGUAACAAUUCUAAAUAACUCAGCGUCAGAAUGAUGCUGAGUGCUAGAAUACGAUGAUGGGUAGUUUAAUUCUUAACAUUGGCCAAUAGAUGGCGCAGCUAGCGUUGGUACUCUGUGGUCGUGAAUUGACAAUGACUAGGUUUCCUUGCAAAAAUAAUGGACUUUUUUGUUAUUACUUUACGAAAAUCAGUUAUUUACAUUACGAUACGAGACCUUGAAUUUUUAAUUGAACCUUGUAAAUAACUUUUUUCCCUCAAAAUUGUAAAUUGCGUGUAUUAAAGUAUUAAAGGACCAUUUGGGAU